GUUGCUAUGCGACAUUGCGAAGACGACACUAUGGCCAUGGAGAGACUAGCCAUUCCUCCCGAGUUCUCUACCUAUGCUGAAGAGAAAGGGAUCUUUACCCUCUACGAAGGCAUGCUGGAGGCGCUACUUACAGCCAGACCGGAGUGCCCGCUGCAGUUCCUCAGCCACUACCUCUCCAUGGACAGAGCAAGGAUGACUUGUGUGGUGGUGUAUGGACCACCAUGCUCAGGCCAGCAUUCUGUUAGCAAGCUGAUUGCUCGCAAGUUGAGAGCAGUUCAUGUGGUCCCAGAGAGAGUGCUCAGGGAAGACCAGUCUCCUGCAGGCACCCAGGCUAGAGCACUUGCUAAGGAAGGAAAGGAAGUUACUCCUGGAUUGUGGGCUGCAAUCAUCCACUCUCGCACACAGCAAACUGACUGUCAGGAUAAGGGAUGGGUGUUAGAGGCGUUCCCUCGUACAAGAAAGCAGGCACUUGCACUACAAUCCAAAGGUGUCAUAGCUACUCACUUUGUUCAUCUUGAGUGUCCUGAUGCAGUACUCAUUGAAAGAUAUGGCGGGAAACGUAUCGAUCCCCUCACUGGAGAUGUGUACCACCUGGUGUUCAGUCCUCCCACCAGCACAGCAGUGGCAGGCCGUCUGGUUGAGGAGGAGGGAGGGGUCACGGCUAAUGUCCACGCCCCUCUCGAACUCUACCACUGCCACUCUCACUCCCUCCUCACCGCCUACUUUGCCACACACUGCAAGACAUUCAACGCCGACCAGCCACUAGGGGAUCUCGUUUCUCAGGUGUACCAUUUCCUGUGUACUCGCAAAAGAAGUCUGGCGCCACACACUCCCAGAGUGGUGUUGCUGGGUCCCAGUGGCAGUGGCAAGAGUGUGCAGGCCGCCAAGUUGGCCCACAAAUACAACCUCAUCAACGUGGACUGCGAGGAGUUGGUGCAGCAGGAGAUGGUAUCGGGGAGUUCACUGGCCGACAAGAUGAAGCCAUUCACGGACAGCAACAUGAUGAUUCCAGAUGACAUGGUGCUGUCGGUGGUGACGAGACGACUGGGUUGUCUGGACUGCAUGUCGAGGGGCUGGGUCCUCCAUGGAUUCCCUCUCACUGGGAACCAGGCCGAGCUCCUGGCAGAGGCUGGCUUCAGACCCAACAGGGUGUUCUUCCUGAAUUUGUGUGAAGAGUCGGUAAAAGAGAGACUAACCCAGCUUCGAGUUGAUCCCAUAUCUGGGGAGAGGUACCACUUACUGAUGAAGCCACCUGCCAAUCACGAGCUUCUGAACAGACUCGAAACACACCCUCACGACACAGAGGAGCAGGUGUCCAAGAGACUGGAGAUCCACAGGGAGUUUGCCCAGGAGCUGGAGGACGUCUACCAGUUGGGGCAGCACGUGAACGCAGACCAAGACCCUCUCACUGUGUUUGAAGUCAUUGAGAGUCUUAUGGUUAACCCUCUCCCCAUUCUACGCCCGGUCCUGGACGAAUAGUCUUACACACUACACACUAUCCUCAUGUAUGUAUGUAUACACUGCCCCCUGCCACUAUAAUACAUGAGAACUACCCGUAUACUGUUGUACUCGAGCAACAUGAAGAGUAUUAUUGUCUGUGCCAUUAUAAUAUUAAAUGAGUCGGUAAUGACACUGAUGUGUGCACAUAGCUAAAAGGUCUCGGUGGUUAACACACAGAAUGACAACAUUAUGUGGCGUUCGUCGCAGUAUGUGCCUCACUUGGUGGCGCUUUUUGCUUUGUUGUCCGUCGCCUUCUGUUUCUCCUUCGCUUUGCAUUAGCUGGUAACCCACUGAGUGACGGGGAGGGUUGUAGUCCUGGGCCUUGGGAGGUGUCAGGUGUCCCAUCUGAUUUGGGACCGGGUGCCCUCUGUCUUGAGCCAAUUGAAGAACUUGCGGUGUCCAAGCUGAUUUGGGACUUGGACAACUGUCUAGAGACUUGGGGAGAAUGUGGUGACCCAGACGAUUUUGGACUAGCCUGUGAACAUUGUCUGUGGUAUUCUCCUCCCCCAGGGGUAUUAGUCUGACCUUUUCCUGCAACAGAGUGUCCAGAGGCUGCUUUCUGAGCAGCUGGGCAAGAAUGACUAUCUUGUCGUGGUGACACGUGCACAGUUUUAUUCUUAGGGCCCUCUUUGCAUUUCUUUGAGGUUCCCACCACGUUCCUUUGUGGUGCAGGUUCUGUGGUGGUUGCUGGUGCUUGCUGACCUGUCAUAUGCGGUGAAGAUGAAGGACCUGCUGCUGGAUUUGGUUCACAGUGGGCUUCCCUAGGGUUUUGGGCUUCCCUUUGGGGUACAGCAAUUGCCCUGCCACGAUGUCUCCUUCUCCUUCUCUUGGUUGAGACUGCACUAUGACUAGCAGCACCUUCUUUCGGUGGGAGGGUGUCUUUCAAUUUCCCUUCAUUGUGCCCUAUAACUGCUGGUUUCUGUGUCCUAGCUGCUAGUUGCAUGGUUUGCACCAUUAGUCUAUCUUUACCAUUUUGAGGAGCAGAUAAAGUAGUACUGCUUGGUCUUUUUGGGACUUGUUGCAGGCCCUUCCCCUUGCUCAAUUUGUGUCCUCACUUGUACUGGUUUAUCAGCCACUGACAUGGCACCAGCUCCUUGGACUGAGGAGAUUUGUACUCCAACAGGUUGGGGUGCGAGUGGACUGCUAUCAAUCCCUGGUGGGUUGCUAGAGUUCCCAGUCUGUCUAUUGUGAUGCGUCAUUUCCUUUCUUGUUUGCUGGGUCGGCUGAGCCUUCUUGUGCCUCGAACGUUUCCUCUUACGUUUUGCGUGAGCUGUAUCAUUGGUGCUGUCCAUGGUUGUAGCAGCUGGGGAUUUCAAUUCAGAAGGUUUCUUAGCAGAGGAGUGUGCUGAGGGUAUCGCUGUGGAAGGGCUAUCCAUUGGACGUUUGUCAGGGGUAUUUCCCCCAGUACCAGAUACCACUUCAACAUUGGCAGUUUUAGGCUUGGCUUUCUUUUGUCUUGAACGCUUUCUCUUGGUCUUUGGUGUGGUAGUGCCACUUUGGACAGCACUUUGACCCACUGUAGUAGUCUCGGCCUCAGAGCCCCAGGCAAUGUUAGCAUGCUCGAUAGACUUCUGUUGCUCUCCAAUGUGUUCCAUAUCUUCAUGCUUAGGUUUUACUUGUUCUUUGCUACACUCUACUUGUGGUGAUGGUGUGUUCUGUGUAUCGGUCACACCCUGAUGCUCGUCAGUUGAGUGGCGAGAAGUGGUAUCUUGUGUUUGAUGUGUAUGCAUGUUCUGUCUUUUGUCACUAGUCACCUGUGUUGAAUGUGUACUCUGUGCAUUGCUAGGGCCCUGCUGCUCAUCAACUGAGUUAAUGGAAGCAGUAGCAAGUCGGGGACUCUCACGCGUUAGAUCAGCUUCAUCAGAGUGAACCGAUUCCUCUAUGCUUGCAGUGUCUGACGAAGACUCUGAGGCACUAUAUGGUGGAGUCACCAGUUGAGCACUAAACACUAUUUCCUCCAGACGGUUAUACAGGGUCGUGUCUACUUCACACAGCCGCUCAGUGGUGUCUCCUGAGCUAGCGAGGUACAUGACCAGCUCACCAUCAUAGAGGAAAGCAGGAGAGAACACCAACAUUGGCU